CGGCCGGGGUAAACGAGGUUUGUUCUCAUCGAUCUGUUUCUUCUAUUUUAUCGAACAUGACCAACUUCAAUCCCUGUAGUUGGGACUAGUUCGACCAUAAAAUCCGCGCCGACAAAUUAUAACCGUUUACUGUCACAGUGUACGUACAUUAACGAGAGAAAGUUAACUGUUGCAUCCAAGACGACGCCUAAUAGUUUGGCGACAACAAUAAUAUGCCUAUAAUGUGCUGGUGACACUAUAUAGUCUGCAUAGUGUUUUUUGACGCCGGCAAGCUUAUGGUAUGCAGGUAACACCAGUGCUUUAUUUGUGGUCUAGUCACGACAGCAAGCUGGUUGCUCUGGUAACAACGCUAUUAAGUUCUGUAGUGACAACAUUAUUCCCGAAGUAAAUGAGCCAACAGUUUAGCCAGUUUUCGGCCCAAUAUUUGUAAUGAAACACAGACUACAGGCGGGCUCGGCUGGUACCUAACGACGAUUCACGCAGCCUUCAAUUUAUUUGCGUGUUCAGCUCGUAGUUUACUUGUCCACACAUCCACUUCAUUAUUAGGACGGUAUUUAGGUCGCUGUUCAGUUUGUGUACCUUUUCAGUGCUUUCUUACGUAGGCUUCACGAAAACUUGAAGGCCGCACCUUGGAUGUCUGCCCCGGAGUGUGGGCGGCGACAGCCCUGCCUACCUGCUACUACAUGCGGGAAGUCAUUGUUCACUUAGGUUUUAUAAAAGGCUGCCAGGUAUUUCAAACCCUCAGCUCUUUGUUGAGACAUAUGAAGCCAUUCUGAACUUCUCACCAGUAAGAAAAUUGUACAGACAGCAUUUUCCAAGAACAUUUGGAGUAUACAAUUGUGAGUCCUAACCCGGGUCAUUGUUGGUUGCGCCUUUAAAAGCAGACGACACAGGUAUGCCUGUAAAAGAGAGCGUGUUUGGGUUAUAAGGCUGAGCAAGUGGACUUUACCAUCUUGUUAAAAUGGCUGGCAGGACCCAGUAACAAGGCUGUUUGGGUGCUACAGAUAAUUAAGCUACAACAUGGCCGAUUUCUUCGCUGGUGAUACACCUUAUGACGCACUAACAGUCUCGAGCUCACACAGUCGGCAAGGCUCUGUCAGUACUGGCAGCGACAAAUCCCAUGGAAAGAACGAGGAACAUGUCUACCAGGGCCUAGACAGACGAGGCAGCGAAGUCAGCGACUCUGGUAGCCAGCAGCUGGUUCUGCGAGACGGGGGGAGGCUGACGGAGGAGAGCAAGACCGAACAUGGCAUGUCUGCCUAUGACAACCACAUGUUAACAAGCCCACAAAAUGGAAGCACUGAGGGAAGUAGAAGAAAUCCAGACGUACCUCCAAGGAUGCCAGUCGGGGGCGGCACUGGGACUGCUAGGGCCAAGGUUUCUAAGACUGGAUCGACAUCAAUACCGGAAGUUGAAUUUGCAAUCCCCGAUGAUGGGAACUUGUCUUCGUUCUCUGCUGACGCCAUGGCCUCCUUCAUGAAAUGCUUGCGAGUGGAAGACCGCAUUAUCGGCCACUUGCAUCGUCAGUCGUUGGAUGGUCGAAAAUUUGGCCGGCUUAAAGACAACGAGCUGGAAAACCUGAAUCUAAAAAAUCCAGUGUUGGUUUAUUUUAGAGACAGGACAGCUGCCGCGGUGACCAAGAAACCCAAACAAAGAGUGCCGUUCAUUCUGUGAGACGACGGGGAAGUCUGCAACUGUCUGUGACCAGAGAUUCUAAGUCGGACAGCAUGUGACAUGUGACUGGAGGGGCGUGGUGAUAAACAGUAGUGUGGACAGCUUGUGACAUGUGACUGUAGGGGCGUAGUGACAAACAGUAGUGUGGACAGCAUGUGACAUGUGACCGUAGGGGCGUGGUGACAAACAAUAAUGUGGACAGCAUGUGACAUGUGACUGGAGGGGCGUGGUGACAAACAGUAGUGUGGACAGCAUGUGACAUGUGACCGUAGGGGCGUGGUGACAAACAGAAGUGUGGACAGCAUGUGACAUGUGACCGUAGGGGCGUGGUAACAAACAAUAGUGUGGACAGCAUGUGACAUGUGACUGGAGGGGCGUGGUGACAAACAAUAGUGUGGACAGCAUGUGACAUGUGACUGGAGGGGCGUGGUGACAAACAAUACUGUGGACAGCAUGUGACAUGUGACCUGGCUCAGACGUUUUUGUGCUUGUUGGCGCUCAAAUCUGCCGUCAGUUUACAGAAUUUGUUUGUGAAUACCGCGUUAGGGUUUAUAAGAUAUUGGUUGCAUGUAACAAAAUGUCUCUUCUUGAAUGACAGACUCGAUUGUAACAGGUAAAGAACACUGAAUGUUUCACUUAAAAGGUAAACAACAGUUUUGUUUCUAGUACUAGUGUCUACUGCUAAACUGUACUCUUUCCUAUUGUGUGUAUUGAAUUAUUCGCAUUAACAGCGGCCGAAAAUAUAUUGUAACAUGAUUAUUACUCUGAUGAAACCAUAUACAUACAUGAUCUUGUAUUCGAGACUCAGGAAAAUUAAACCUUUUAAGCUGGACUGACAAUAUUAGCAAUGUUUUUCACAACAAAGAUCAGAGCAACACUGAAUGAAAACGACCCUAACAGCCAUCUGAGGACUUCGUACUUUUGUGUUUAGAAGUGACGAUCACCUGAAGGUUUUAAUUUGAGCACGGUGAUCGUCCUACAUUAUAUACUGCAAAUCUGAGUAUUUUGGACAAAUGUUUCUUUGUAUCCGAAAUCAUAUCAGUAAACUGUGUGCUAUUUUCUAUAUCAGAAAACCCUUUUUUAAACAAUCCAAUUAGCAUUAUUGUGAUUUCUUUUGCACGUGUGUGUAAUCUGCAGGGUGAGUUCUAUGACGAAUAUACAUUUUGAGAAUAGGGCUGUGCAAUGCUUUUCCUCUCACUGGAUUUCAUGUGAGAACAGUUGCGGGGCAUCUUGGUUGGAAGAGAACUCACAUUGAAAAAGGGACGAUUAAAAAAGACGAGAAAGGAUGAAAGCUUCCAUGAUCCAAACGCGAGCAAAGUAUGUGGGUAUAGAUGUCAGAUGGGUACCGAUUGCAUUGUGGGAGGAUGGAGCAGGGAGCCACGAGGCUUUUCUUCUCGUCGUCGUUAAUCUACAGCAGAACAUCGCCGUAUACAUUAUCCCGCUAUGGGAACUACUACAUCCUACUAACAGAAACGACGGUCUCAACAUUAAAUCUGAAAUAAAUUAAUUUGAAUCGGCACGAUGUAUGAACAGAUUCCAGAACGCGUCGAAAAUAGCCUCUACAUCAAACAGUUUCAUUUUAGUAGGUAUGAAGACAAAACACAUUUUACAUGUAAAAAAUAGCUGAAACUUGUAUUCAGUGAUUUACUAUAAAAAAUGCUGUUUACUGUCCUUUUUUUAAUUAUUGAACUUUUGAUAGAUAUAUAUAAUUCUUAAAGCUAUUUACAGGGAAAGUGGGGAUAAAGUAUUGAAGUAUGCUGAGGUAGGAAAUCUCUUUAAAAAUAAUGGAAAUAUAGCUCCUGUUAUCAAAAUACUCGUUAUCGGAAUAAUUUUCUGAAACGAGACACAUUCCAAUACUAAGGCCUACGUGCAGCUGUGGUCAGCUGAUACCUGUUCACAGGAAGGAACAGACAGGACUACAGGUGACAAACCGUUCACUUAAUAAAGACUGACGAUGCGGCGUUUCAGGUGCUCAGAUAUGAUGUAUUUAACCCUUUUUGCAUGUGAUUUUCUAAUUUUAACUUAGCAAUGCUAUGGAAUGAAUAAAUAUAUUGAACUGUUGCUUCAUUAAAUAAAAACUUUAUUGUCA